AGAAACUUGGGUUUCGAAGAGAUAGCUAAUAGAUGGAGGCCGACAUCGGCGGCGAAGCUCCGGCAGCCCCAGCGGAGGAGCCACGAGACGCACGAGUGGUCCGAGAGCUGCUACGCUCGAUGGGGAUCGGAGAGGGUGAGUAUGAGAGUCGGGUUGUUCUCCAGUUCCUUGAGCUCAUGUACCGCUACGUUGUCGACGUGCUUGGUGACGCCCAGGCCUAUGCCGAGCAUGCCGGAAAGACUUCCCUUGAUCCUGACGACGUCCGCCUCGCCAUCCAGUCUAAGGUCAACUUCUCCUUCUCUCAGCCCCCGCCCCGCGAGGUCCUUCUUGAGCUAGCAAGGAGCAGAAACAAAAUCCCUUUGCCCAAAUCUAUUGCGCCACCAGGGUCUAUCCCUUUGCCACCAGAGCAGGACACCCUGAUCAGCCCCAACUACCAGCUGCUGAUUCCCAAAAAGCAGUCUGGUGACGUUGACGAGAUGGAGGAGGAUGAAGAUGUUCCCAAUCCUAAUCCUAAUGCAAACCUAAAUCCAUCUCAAGAUUUGAGAACUGGCAAUGACCAGCAACAACCACCACAAACCCCACAAAGGGUGUCCUUCCCCCUUAAUGCGGUCGCUGCUCAUGUUGCAGCCGCAAAGCGUCCACGAUGAGUGAGAGAAGGCAAAGGGGGAGCCAGGGCCACCUAUUUCCUGAGUGCAUCUCAAAGAUUGUGGAGCAGAGCAUGUGAUGAUCAAAAGCAAGUCAAGAACUUGGUCAUUUUAGAUGGAGAAAAGCACACUCAUUAAUUAACUUAGGCAUCAUUGAAUCAUGGAUUCAACUUACAAAAAUUCAAUCCUUGACCAAGCGUGGUCCAUAGAUGUGCUUAAUCAGAAAAACUUGUUCUGUCAUUUAUAAUUUUAUAGAUUCAGCACGACAAUUUUGGCUGUAUGAAUUUCUUCAGCUUUGUCAUUUAUAAUUUUACAGCAUACUGUUUUGCUUCAGUUAGUUAAUUUUGAACAGAAAUGUUAGCUAAUUAUAUUUUUUGUGUACAACCAUAAGUCAA